GGAGAUUUGGAGGGGGAGUGUGAAGUUUAGGGAAGAGCCCUCUUUCCUUCAGCUGCUGACGCGGAUGGGACUGUUUGUGCAACGACGCCGAAGACCACCGAAAUCCAACCAUGUUAUCUUGGCUCAUAAGUGUUUGGACCAUUCUUGUGGUAGCACAAUGUUACUUUUCAGAGGAAAAUCAUACCGAAGAGUCAAAGAUGCAUCCGCCCACGGUCGUUAUAGCUAUAAUCGCACGGAACGCCGCUUAUUCUUUACCCUACUACCUCGGAGCUCUCGAGAGAUUAAACUAUCCCAAAGAGCGCAUCUCUAUCUGGGCAGCGACAGACCACAACAUUGACAACACAACAGCAAUCCUGCGAGAAUGGCUCACUGUCAUGCAAACACAAUAUCACUAUAUUGAGUGGAGACCUUUAGAUAAACCCACGUCCUAUGUAGGUGAGCCGGGGCCCAAGCACUGGACUAACGGCCGCUAUGAGUAUGUUAUGAAGCUCAAACAGGCAGCGCUGAACUUUGCCAAGAAACGCUGGGCUGACUAUAUUCUGUAUUCAGACACAGACAACAUUUUGACUAACCCGGACACACUGCAUCUACUGAUGGUGGAAAACAAGUCAGUCAUUGCCCCCAUGCUGGACUCACAGUCAGCGUACUCCAACUACUGGUGUGGCAUCACUCCACAGGGAUACUAUCGUCGUACUGCUGAGUACUUUCCCACAAAACAGCGUCAAAGGCUGGGCUGCUACCCGGUGCCGAUGGUCCACUCCACUAUUCUGCUGGACCUGCGCAAAGAAGGCACCAAGAAAGUGUCCUUUCACCCCCCUCACAAAGACUACUCCUGGCCCUUUGACGACAUCAUCGUUUUUGCCUUCUCCUGCCGAAUAUCAGAGGUUCAGAUGUUUCUGUGCAACAAGGAGCGUUAUGGGUAUCUGAACGUACCUGCAAAGCCUCAUCAGACCGUGGAGGAUGAUCGAAUCAAUUUUGUCCACCUUUACCUGGACUCUUUGAUCCAUGGGCCGCCAAUGUACUUGUCUCGCUAUGUCCACGUUCCUCCCAAACAGUCUGAUCUCAUGGGCUUUGAUGAGAUCUACUUGAUAAACCUGCGCAGACGUCCAGACCGCAGGGACAGGAUGUUAUGGUCGCUUUAUGAGCUAGAGAUUGAUGCCAAAGUUGUGGAUGCUGUAGAUGGAGCAGCUCUGAACAGCAGCGAUAUUAAGAUUCUAGGUGUCGAUCUCUUACCUGGUUACUACGACCCUUUCUCCGGCCGCACGCUGACCAAGGGAGAGGUGGGCUGCUUCCUCAGCCACUACUACAUCUGGAAAGAGAUGGUAGAUAUGCAGCUAGACAAGGUGCUGAUCUUUGAGGACGACGUGCGUUUCCAAGCCAACUUUAAACGUCGCCUGAUGCGGCUGAUGGAGGAGGUGGAGCAGGUGGAGCUGGACUGGGACAUCAUAUACCUGGGCAGGAAGAAGGUGAACCCUGAAGAGGAAGUUGCAGUGGAGAAUGUGAGGAACCUGGUGUACGCUGAUUACUCCUACUGGACGCUGUCUUACGCCAUCUCUCUUCAGGGAGCUCAGAAGCUCCUGAACGCCGAACCGAUAUCCAAGAUGCUUCCUGUGGAUGAGUUUCUACCCAUCAUGUAUGACAAGCACCCCAAGUGAGU